UCUGAUCGGUGACGACUACUGAUAUUUUUUUCUCCAGUUACAGCUUAUGAUUGAUAAAUUCACUGGGUUCUUUCACUUUUAUUGUGUGGAAAAGAGAAAGCACACAGCCAUCUGCCUCUCAGAGUAGACUGCUGUAUCCUAAUCCAGAUUAUGGCUCCACCAUAAACGUUUUUUUUUUUUUUUUUUUUUGGUCCCCUGGCCGCCAUUUCUAGUCAACAGUGUGUCCUUGAUAACAGACAGGCAGGUCGGUUAGCCUAGCUCCAAAAUUAGACCACCGACAAUCCAUCUAAGGGACGUCUCUACUGGAAACUAAGGAGUUUAACCAAAAGAGUUCAGGGAAGCACAAUUUGACGUCACGCUAGAGACUCCAACGGGGUAAAUAAUGGCGUUUUUAAUCAAAAGUAUGGUUGGGAACCCACUGAAGGGAAUGGGACUUGGAGGAGGAGAGGCAAAAGCUGAGGAAGAGACCCCCAAGGACCCCGCAGCGGCCGCCGGCAUGACUAGAGAAGAAUAUGAGGAGUACCAGAAACAAGUAGUGGAGGAAAAAAUGGAACGAGAUGCAGAUUUCUUGCACAAGAAAGCAGAGAGGGCGACUCUGAGAGUUUGUCUAAGAGAAAAAUACCGGCUUCCUAAAAGUGAGCAGGAUGAAAACAUGCUCCAGAUGGCAGGAGAUGAUGUAGAUGUUCCCGAGGAGCUGCUGAAGAUGGUGGAUGAGGAUGCCACAGAGGAAGAGGAGAAGGACUCCAUCCUAGGGCAGAUGCAGAACUUACAGAACAUGGACAUGGAUCAGUUAAAAGAGAAAGCCAGCGCUACACUGACGGAGAUGAAGUCCAAGGCUGAGGAGAAGUGUUCUGUCAUGUAAUGAUUUAGCAAGUUCACACAUUUCUACAAUCCAGGUCUACGUUUCCCAAAAGCAUCAUAAUUCUCCACCAUGCUUUUGAGAAACACAGCCCAGGUCUCUUUUUGAAAAAAAAAAAACACAUCUUCAUUUUCCCUCCGCAUUGAUUUAUUGCUGUUCAAGUUUCAGUGACACUUUACAAGAAGCUUUCAUUAAAGGGAUAGUUCACUCAACAAUGAUUAAUUACCCUCAUAAGUGUAGAGAGUAGUUUUAUUCACAUUUAAACAGGUUCAUUUGAGCUUCUGUUUAUGUGAAUGUGAAUAAAAGCCUAUUUAUGAACUUCUUGAAGUGUCAAAGUUGUCUAUGGAGGGACAAAUUCUCAGAAAUAUCUUUAAUUGUGUUCCAAAGAUGAACAAAAGUCUUAUGGGUUUGUAAUAAGGGUGAGUAAUUAAUGACAGAAUUUAUUUUUGGGUGAACUAUCCCUUUAAAAUUAACUCUUUAUUUACAUAGAUGUAUAAAUUAAGUUAACCAUAAUACCAACAAUUACAAAAACAUUUUUAAAAUCCUAAAUGAGAACAAUCGAAACAAUUUAAAAUCAUGUGAGACCUCAUUGUAAAGUGUUAGCAAAGUUUAAUUAUAACGCAGUCACCCAAGUUUUUAAUUUCCAAAGCUGCAUCUGAACUUUUCAGCUUCUCUGAAUGUCAUUUGCUUGGCCCCAUAUUUUGCUGUUUCGACUUUAUUUCUUUUGUAUGUUAUGUUAAUAAAUGAUGUUGUAGGCUAGUCUUUUCUCUUUCCCUUUUCUUUUGUGCAUAUAUUUACCUGUAAUAUAUCUAAAAAACAUAUAAUGACUUGAACCAGAGGUGGUGGAGAAGCUGUUGAAUUCUCCCUCCUGCUGUUUUGCACAAGGGUUGAGAUGAAUGUGAGGCUGUUAUUUCUUCUUUUCUUGACGACAGACCAUCUAGCAUUGGCGCAUAUGAUAUUGUAAUGUUUAUUAGGAUUCUUUAGUCUAUUAAGUUACGUAUGUGGUAUGUAACUUUAUAAUGUGAGGUAAAUAGGCAUAAAUAUGAUUAAUGUCUCAUGUGUAAACAGAUUAAAUCGAUGAAUAAAACAGACGAUUGAUAAACUAUG